AUGAGCUGGGCAGUGGAAGAAUGGAAAGAAGGCCUGCCCAGCAGAGCUCUUCAGAAAAUUCAAGAGCUGGAAGGACAACUGGACAAGCUGAAGAAAGAAAAGCAACAAAGGCAGUUUCAGCUUGAAACUCUGGAGGCUGUAGUGCAGAAGGAAAAACAGAAGGUUGAGAAUGAAAAAGUGGAGGUGACAAACCUGAAGAGGGAGAAUCAGAGCUUGCUGGAGGUAUGUGAAAACCUGGAGAAGGCUAAGCAGAAGAUUUCUCACGAACUUCAAGUCAAGGAGUCACAAGUGAAUUUCCAAGAGGGACAACUGAGUUCAACCAAAAAACAAAUAGAGAAACUGGAGCAGGAGCUUAAAAGAUGUAAAUCUGAACUUGAAAGAAGCCAGAAAGCUGCACAAUCUGCACAUGUCUCUGUGAAUCCAUGCAAUACACCACAAAAAUAUUUUACAAGUCCAAUAACACCAGUUCAGUGUUAUACCGGUUCCAAAUAUGAAGAUCUAAAAGAAAAAUAUAAUAAAGAAGUUGAAGAACGCAAAAGAUUAGAGGCAGAGGUGAAAGCCUUGCAGGCAAAAAAAGCAAACCAGGUCAUUCCAGAGAAGAUCAUGAAUCACCGGGACAUCGCCCGACAGCAGGCCUCAUCGUCUGUGUUCUCAUGGCAACAAGAGAAAACUCCAAGUCGUCUUUCUUCCAGUGCUCUCCCGAGUCUUAUGGGGAGAAGUUUCUCCGCCUGUCACACUCCUGGGGAAGAGGUAGCGACUGCUAGCAGAUCAGCUUUGCAGGCGGGGCAGAGGGAUGCUGAUAGCAGCUGCUGCAAUCAUUCUAGGUGUUCUCCUCUUUCAGGUCAACUAAAAGCCCAGAAUCAAGAGCUAAGGAGCAAGAUUGGUGAGUUGGAACUGCAACUGCAAGGACAAGAACAAAAAAUGAAAGGCCAAGUGAAUAAAUGUCAAGAGCUACAGCUCCAACUGGAAAAAGCAAACAUGGAACUGAAGGAGAAAGAGAAGGUUUCGACGGAAAGGAGAGAAGCACUAGUGAGAAUGACAGCACAGUGUGACCAGGCGUCCACCAAGUGUGGUGUCCUGGAAGAAAAACUGAAAAAACUGAGUGAAGAUUUGAGCUGUCAGCGACAGAAUGCCGACAGUAUCAGAUGUUCUCUGGAAGAGAAACUGAAGGUAAAAGAGAAGGCAUUUCAAGAGGAGCUCUCCCGACAAGAGCGCGCCUUCCAAAGCCUGGAGCGAGAGAGUGCGCAGGCGAAAGGCAAGCUCUCGGAGGAGCUGCAGCGGGUCAGGGCCGCUCUGGGCGCCCUGCAGGCGCAGCUGGAGGAGGUCUCAUCAGGAAAGCAGCAGCUAGAAAAAAAAUUGGAAGGGUGUAAACAAAAUUUCGGCCGAACCGAACAGGCGUUGCAGGCGAGUCAGACCAGGGAAGAGGAGCUGAGGAGGAGCUGUGAGGAAAUGAAGAAAGAAAACAGCUUCCUCAGGAGUCAGUCUGAGCAAAGAGCCAGAGAAGUCUGCCACCUACAGGAAGAACUGAAGAAGAGCAAGCGGGAUUUGAGUCAGAGCCAGAAUGUUGCUGAGGAAAUGAGGGCUAAGAAUGCAUCUCAGGAAAGCAUGUUAAGAGAUCUCCAAGAAAAAAUAAAUCAGCAAGAGAAUUCCUUGACUGUAGAGAAACUGAAGCUUGCUUUGGCUGAUCUGGAAAAGCAGCGUGAUUGUUCUCAGGACCUUUUGAAGAAAAGGGAACACCACAUUGAACAACUGAGUGAAAAGUUAAGCAAAACAAAAAGAGAGUCUGAAGCUUUAUCAAGUGCUUUGGAGUUAAAAAAGAAAGAGUUUGAAGAACUGACAGAAGAGAAAACUCUAUUUUCUCACUGGAAAAGUGAAAAUGAACAACUCAUAAAGCAGAUGGAAUCAGAACAUGAAAACCUGCAGAGUAAAAUCAGUCAACUGGAAACUUGCCGUAAGACACAAGAAAUACAAAGCAAUGAAUACAAGGAGAGAGUAAGCACAUUGGAGAUGGAAAGAGAAAACCUUAGUGCGGAGGUGAGAAACCUUCACAGUGUCAUCGAUAGCCAGACAGUGGAGGUGGAGACACAGAAACAAGCUUAUGUAGAACUGCAGCAGAAAGCCAACCUGUCAGAUCAGAAACAUAAGAAGGAAACAGAAAAUAUGUGUUUGAAAGUUUCUGAACUUAUGGAGCAAGUUGAAGAUCUAAAGCAGAAGCUUCAGUUACUGUCAAGAGAAAUAACGGACAAAGACCAGCGUUACCAAGACUUGCACUCUGAAUAUGAGAGUCUCAGGGAUCUGCUAAAACCUGGUGAUCCUUUGGUGACGAGGGAAGCUCGUGGCAGACGUCUUCUGACUUCUGAGGAGCAGUCUGAAGUGAGAAAUUCCUUUGUAGAUGUAGUUGGAGAACAAGGAAGCAUGCCUUCAGAAAGGGGCGGCGGCCACGUAGGAGCAGACCAAAGUCCAGAAAAUUCAGCCCUUUUACAAUGUCUACAGCUUGAGUUACAGACAAUGAGAACAGAAUUGGAAUCUGGAAAUGGGCAGGAGGGCACUCAGUCAGGAGAUGUUAGUGGUCUUAAAGACUGUGAAACAGAUACAGAGGGAAAGCCUCUGCCUGAGUUUUACAUGCUGUCAACAAGUGAAAAUGACGAUACGCGGUUCCAGCGUGCUCUACAGAGAGCAAUAGACAAGCUGCAUGAGCUAGAGACAAUGUGUGAAACGCUGCGUGUUGAAAAGUUUGAAUCAAUGUCUGAGCUGAAUGACUCGAGAUCAGAACGUAUCACAGCAACUAGUAAAAUGACAGACGAUUUCAAGAAACUACUUGAUGCAGUUAAAAUAUUAAAUAAUGAACACAGCCAUUGCCAAGAUGAGUUAGUAGAAGAGGUGCCAGAAGGUGAGCCUGGUGAACAACAAAGUAUAGAGACAUCUGUGUUCUUAAAUUCUUUGGGUGAUGGAAACUUUUACGAGCAUUUGACAUUGUCGCACAAAGAAGUUCAAAUGUGCUUUGCUGAAUUGCAGGACAAAUUCUCAUGUUUACAAAGGGAACACAAACUUUUACAUGAUCAACACAGCCAAAUGAGAACUAAGAUGUCAGAGCUACAGUCCUAUGUUGGCAUAUUAAAGGCUGAAAAUUCGGUCUUGUCAAUGAAACUUAGAAGCUCUCAAGGUGACCUGGUUAAGGAGGGGAAGAUGGAACCCUCAGAUGGGCAUUCGUUGCUCAUGUCAUUGUCUUGUGUGGCUGACAGCCCUAGUCCUCCAAGUCUGGGUGAAUUGUCAUUCUGGAAAGGUCUUUUGGAAGAGAUAGGAGAAACAUCUCUUCUGAAGGGUGUACAAGGGGACGUUUGUGCACAGCAGUCUGACGUCGAGGAGGCGUCGCGCUGCGGUCCGCAGGAAGAGGGUCUGCCCCCGGAAGCCAUGCCGCCAGUCCCGGAGAAGAGUGUUGAAGAACUGGAGAUCCUGUGUGAGGGGUGCCAGCAGUCCCUCAAGGAGCCGGGAGAGACCGUGGGAAGUCAGGAGAUGAUGGAAGAGAAGGCCAUGGAAGAACCCGGACAGUUCGGAAGCUCUGAAAGGAAAGAACUUGACUGCCUGAGGGAGCAGCAUGUGUCAGAAAUCGAACAGUGUCCACAGAUGCCAGCAGGCCUGACGGUAGGGAGAGAGUCCCCGUUGGCAGCAGAAGAGGAACCGACGGAACACCUGUCGCCGGAGCUGGGAGUCGCGCCACUUGAGCCCCAAUGUCUGGACUUAAGUGCCUGGACCGUGCUGGGCACCGAUGCUGAAGACGCUCUUCAGGGUGGAAGUGAGAGCUGUGAUACAAACGGAUCAGAAGAAGGUACUACGGAAAGGAAGGAGAGAACACCAAAGAGGGACAUUCAUUCGCUUUGUGACCGAAUUGUAGUCAUAAAUGGGAGAAGCUGGCUUCAUUCAGAAGUAGAUACUUUGUCAAAAGAAAAGAAGGAACUGGAUCUGAUGUCUAAAAAGAUGAAGGAGAAAAUAGAAGAGCUGGAGUUUCAUCAAGGAGAGUGUCCGUAUCACUCUGACAUUGUGGAAACUGAGGUGAAGGGCAAGAGACAGCUCCUUCAGACUUUGUCCUCUGACGUAAGUGAGCUUUUAAAAGAGAAAGCCUACCUCCAGGAGCAGCUGCAGCGUUUGGAAAAGGACUCACACGCCCUGUCUUUGGGCAAAAACGAGCUAGAAAACCAAAUCAGACAGUUGAAUAAUGAGAAAGAGUUGCUUGUGAGGGAAUCUGAAAGCCUGUGGAACAAGUUACAUGAAUUGGAGCAGGAAAAGCUGACUGCCACUAAAUCCUUGGAGGCUGCAGUAAUGGAAAAAGGCGAGGUCGCUGUGAGGUUGAGCUCAACGCAAGAUGAGGUGCAUCAGCUGAGAAAUGGCAUUGAGAAACUGAGGGUCCGCAUCGAGGCCGACGAGAGGAAGCAGGUCCAUGUCUUGGAGAAACUGAAAGAAAGUGAGCAUAAGAACGAUUUGCUUCAGGAUAAAGUGGAGAAUCUUGAAAGAGCAUUGCAGAUGGCAGAAGAAAACCAAGAGAUAGUGAUUCUUGAUGCUGAGAAUUCCAAAGCAGAGGUGGAGACCCUAAAAACACAAAUAGAAUCAAUGACCGAAUCCCUGAAAGCCUUAGAAUCGGACCUUGUCAUGAUAAGAUCCGAAAAAGAAAAUCGAACCAAGCAGCUUCAAGAAAAAGAGGAUCAGAUGUCUGAAUUGGAUGCAUUACUUUCUUCAUGUAAAAACCUAUUAGAAGAAAAGGAGCAAGAGAAAAUGCAGAUGCGAGAAGAAUCUAAAGCUACAGUAGAAAUGCUUGAAAGAGAAUUGGAAGAGCUUAACAAGGAGGUGGCAGCCUUGUGUGAUAACCCAGAAACCGGGAUGGUCCCAGAACAGAGCCUGGGCUUCCCAAUGCAGGGAGUGCAGCAGCUGAAAACCAACAUACAGAAGCUGAAAGUCUGGGUGGACGAGGCAGGAAUGCAGCAGAUCCAAAUCUUAGGAGAACUGCAGGAAAGUAAACAGCAAGCCUCUUUGCUGGGGCAGACAGUCGAGGCCCUUGAAAAAGAACUAAAGGAGUCAGAAAAGAAACAUGAACAUGCAACUCAGGAGGCAGAGGACUCCAAAGCAGAGCUGGAGAAGCUAAAAGCAAAAAUAGAGGAUCUGGAAAAAGAUCUUGUCAACAUAAGGUCCGAAAAAGAAAAUCUGAGAAAAAAAUUACAGACGGACCAAGAGCAAUUAUCUGAAUUAGAAAUAUUAAAGUCUUCAUUUGAAAAUCAAUUGCAAGAAAAACAGAAAGAAAACAUUUGGCUGAAAGAAGAAUCUAAAAUUGUCGAGGAGCGGCUUCAAACGCUAUUUGAACAGAUGAAGGAGAAACUACCAGCCUUGUGUAAUGACCAAGGGCCCUGGAAGGCCACAGGACAAAGUUCUGAGACUGGUCAAAUACCUUAUCUUGAACAUGAGAAGAUUCAGCUGCCGCAAGGCCUUGACCAGACCCAAAGUAAUUAUAUUAUUUUGCAGUCUUCUGUGAAUGGCCUCAUUCAAGAAGUAGAAGAUGGCAGGCAGAAACUCCAGGAAAGGGAAGAAGAAAUCAGGGCAUUGAAAUAUCAAAUCCAAGAACAAGAGCAGCUUGUCUCUAAGCUGUCCCAGCUAGAAGGAGAGCUCCACGUUCUGAAGAAACAAAAGGCAGAACAGGAACAGAAGAUCCAAAGGCUGCAGUCCAAAAAUGACACUUUGCAGGACAACUACAACGUGCUACAGAAUUCUUACACACACCUGGAGAAAGAGCUGGAAUUGAUAAAAAUGGAAAAAGUAUCCUUUGUUGAAAAAGUAAACGUUUUGACUUUGAGGGAAACAGAGCUGCAGCGCGAAGUGCACGAGAUGACCCAGAAGAUGACGGACCUGAAAGCAGAAUUCAGUGGAGAGAAACAUACGCUGAGCAAAGAACUGAACGGAAUGUUGGAAGCACUGAAGCGGAGUGAAGGUCAAGUGAAGGAAUUGCUGCUAGAAAAGAGUGACUUGAGAAGGAGCUUGGAUCGCAUACAGCAAGAGCAGAUGGAGAAGGAAGAGAAAACGAGAGAAGAAAUAGCUGCUUCUCAGCAACAGCUUCAGGAAGCCGAAAAGAAACAUCACACUUUGCUUCUGGAUACCAACCAAGAGCAUGCGCUGGAAAUCCAAACGUAUAGAGAGAAACUGACUUCUGCAGAAGAAUGUCUCCGCUCCCAGAAGGUGGAGAUAGACCUCUUCACGUCCAGUAAAGAACAACUCACGGAGUCUUUGAAUGAAAACGCUGAGCUUUUAAAGGAAUUGCUACAAACCAAGAUGGACAGUCAAACAUAUAUAAAUCAGCUGAAGAAGGAAAAGGAAAGUGCCCAAGGGGAAAUCAAGUCAUUGCUCAGACGUCAUAAGUUGCUGGAAGAGGAGAAAGCACUGCUCCAAAAAGAACUGUGUCACCUGGAAGAAGCUGCGCAAGAGAAGCAGAAAUCAGGUGCUGUUGUGGAUGCUCAUGUCGAUGAACUGAUGACUGAGGUGAAAGAACUGAAAGAGGCCCUUGAAGUAAAAAACAAGGAGGCAGACGAAUACUUGGAUAAGUACUGCUCUCUGCUCAUAAGCCACGAGAAGCUGGAGAGAGCCAAAGAGAUGCUGGAGACGCAAGUUGCUCGUCUGAGCACACAACAAUCUGCACCUCCUGUCCCAAUUUCUCCCGGGCUCAAGUCAGUAGACCAAGAGUCACCUCCAGUGCCUUAUGUUAUGGAAAAGUCACCUCCAGUCCCUUGUGUUCCUGAAAAGAAGGUAUCAUCCGGCCAACGUAAAGCUUCAGGCAAAAGGCAAAGGUCUAGUGGGAUUCGGGAGAACAAGGGAGGAACCUCACCCUCCACACCAGACAUGUUUCCAAAACCAAGCCAGAAGGUGGUCCAAAGUGCUGUCCCCCCUGCUGAGGAUGCGGAAUCCACUGAGUUUGAGCCUGAGGGACUUCCAGAAGUUGUAAAGAAAGGGUUUGCUGAUAUCCCAACGGGAAAGACAAGCCCCUUUAUCCUGAGAAGAACCACCAUGGCAACAAGGACGAGCCCUCGCCUUGCAGCCCAGAAGUUACCACCAUUUCUCCCAAAUCUUCACAAAGAAAACCAGGCUGAGAUGUCCAAACCAACAGCUGGUGGCAGCAGGUCACAGAAGGUCAAGGUCGCUCAACAAAGCCCUGCAGAUUCGGACACCGUCUUCCAUGAUCCCUCUGCGAGACCACUCUCAGCCAAUAACCUCCCUAAGAGACAGUGGGCUGGCAGCCCCAGGGAGGGCCUGAGGUCCAAGCGAGGCUGCCUCACACCCAGCCUGGAAGCUGAUAUGGAGUCCCACGAGAACUGUCAGAUCCAGUAG